AUGUUUUCGUCUUUGAUAUAUCUUCUCCUUGUACAUUCAAUCGUUACUCUACCUCAUUUGUACUUAUUUAAUACAGAUGAGGAAAAUAACAAUCGUACGAAUAUAUCACAAUAUCAUUGUUUUCAUCUUCCUACCGAGGAAAAAGUAUCGCUUUCAACAUUUGAAUUUAUUUCUUAUUGUCUCAAUGAACAAUCACCGAAAUUUGAUAUUCAACCAACGAGUUUUUAUUCCAAUUACACAUUUGCUGAACUUUCGAAGAGAAAUAUAACUGAUGAAGAUCUGUAUUCUUGGUUUGCAUCAAUUGAUCUCAUCGAACGUUAUCAAUCGUAUCUUUACAAAUCAUCGAUAUUCGAUGGAAAAGAAAUCUUUUAUAAUUGUACCGAAGAAAGAUUUGGUCCAAUGUGUCAAUACGAACUGAAAAAUGUAGAAUCAAUAGUUGAUCUGANCCAAGUAUUUUCAUUGAAGAUGCAAAAUGUCGUGAACACGUGUUGA